AUGUUACGUCUAAAGUCGCUCAAAAAACCGGUCCAGGCCGUGGUUCGACGUUUCGCCACCACCUCCGCACCCACUCUCUCUGUCGGCGACAAUAUCCAUGGCUUCAAUGUUCUCAGAACCAAAGAGAUCCCCGAGUUUGAUCUGCAGGCUACCCUGCUAGAGCACUCCACUGGAGCCCAGCAUCUGCACAUUGCUCGAGAUGACUCCAACAACGUCUUUUCCAUCGGCUUCAAGACUAAUCCUCCCGAUCGAACCGGAGUUCCCCAUAUUCUGGAGCAUACAACGUUGUGUGGAUCGGAAAAGUACCAAGUCCGAGAUCCCUUCUUCAAGAUGCUUAACCGAUCUCUUGCCAACUUCAUGAACGCGAUGACCGCCCAGGACUACACCUUUUACCCCUUUGCUACCACCAACGCUACCGACAUGAAGAAUCUGCGAGAUGUGUACCUCGAUGCUACCCUGAAGCCUCUGCUUCGAGAGCUGGACUUUUCUCAGGAAGGCUGGAGACUGGAAAACGAGGACUCCAAGGACAAGACCAGUCCCAUCAUCCUCAAGGGUGUCGUUUUCAACGAGAUGAAAGGUCAAAUGUCCAAUGCUGCUUACGCUUUCUACAUUCGGUACCUGGAGAAGAUCUACCCCAGUUUGAACAACUCUGGAGGAGACCCUCUUGUUAUUCCCGAACUCACCUACGAGGGUCUCAAGAAGUUUCAUGCUGAUCACUACAACCCCAGCAACGCCAAGACGUUUUCUUAUGGAGAUAUCUCUGUUGCUGACCAUUUGGAGGCUCUGAACGCCAAAUUUGAGAAUUGUGAGAUCUCCAAAACUCCCGGAAACACCGAGAGAUUGCCUCUCGAAUUUUCUUCUGCCGCUGAGAACACCCGUAUCGUUGAAGAGGGUCCUAUUGACACUCUUCUGGAUACGUCUAAGCAGCACAAGAUGUCCAUGUCGUGGUUGAUGGGUUCUCCCAAGGACAUUUACGAGUCUUUCUGCGUCAAGAUCAUCUCUUCUCUACUCAUUGACGGUCAUUCUUCCCCCCUUCAUCAGAAGCUGAUUGAUUCCGGUCUUGGAUCUUCCUACUCUCCCAACACUGGCCUUGACAGUGCUCCUGGAGCUAACAUUUUCUCUGUUGGUCUUCAGGGAGUGACCGAGAGCGAUCUUACAAAGGUCGAGACUGUUAUUCUCGACACCAUCAAGACUACCGUUGCUGAGGGCUUCGACAAGGGCCGAAUCGACGGUCUUUUGCAUCAGACUGAGCUUGCUCGAAAGGACCAGAACGCCAAGUUCGGUAUGGCUCUUAUGAACGGUGUUCUUCCUGGCUGGUUUAACCAGGUCGACCCCCUGGAGGCUCUGGAGUGGAAUUCUGUGCUCGAUCGGUUCAACAAAGACAUGGAGGCCGACCCUGAGUUCCUGCAGAAGGUGAUGAAGAAGUACUUGCUCGACAACAAGUACUUCCACUUUCAGAUGAACCCCAAUCCCGACUAUGAGAAGAAUGUGCAGGAAAAGGAGGACGAGAUUCUGACCGACAAGCUGGCCAAACUGACUGAAUCUGAUAAGGAGGAAAUCUUCGAGACCGGGGCCAACCUGGAAAAGAUGCAGGAAGAGCCUGAGAACCUUGACUGUCUGCCCACUCUUCACGUCUCAGACAUCCCCAGAAGCAAGCCUCGAGUUGCCUUGGAGCAUACCAAGAAUCCCUAUCCCAUCCAGUGGCGACUUGCCCCCACCAACGGUCUGACUUACUUCCACUCCAUCUCUUCUCUAGAGGGUCUUCCCCACGAGUACUACCCCUUCCUUCCUCUGUUCACCUCGUCCCUAACCUUUUUGGGAACCAAGGACAAGACUAUGGGCCAACUGGAAGACGAAAUCAAACUCAACACUGGUGGUCUUGAUUUCUCUGUCUCCUGCUCUUCUUCUCCUCUUUCUCUGCCGUCGUCCCAGCUCAACUUUGCUAUGGAUGGUGUGGCUUUGGACAAAAAUGUGGAGACCAUGUUUGGCCUGUUUCAGGAGCUGCUUCGAAACACUGAUUUCACCAACGUUGAGAAGCUUAAGACCAUGAUUGCAGCCUCCACCGCUAACCUGUCCAACGCGUUGGCUCAGUCUGGACACUCGUUCGCCAUGCUUCGAGCUGCUUCCGAUAUUUCCCCUGUCAAGAAGAUUGACGACAUUCUGGGGGGUGUGGCCCAGGUGCGCUUCCUGUCUGAGCUGGCUGCCAAGUCCGAGCAGCAGCUUGUCGACGAGGUCAUCCCCAAGCUCCAGGAGAUUGCCAAGUUUGCUCUGACCCGUGAGCAGCGAUUUGCCGUCACUUGUGGCCAGGACAUGCAGACCAAGAACGACGAGUUGGUGCGAAAGUUCGCUGAGUCCUUCGAGACCAAUGAGUCGCCCUUCAAUAUCUCGUCGUUGUCUAUCCCCAUGACCACUCCCACAAGCACCUUGUUCAAGUUACCGUUCCAGGUCAACUACGCUGGUAUUGCCAUCCCCGGAGUGCCCUACACUCAUGCUGACGGAGCUCCCCUGCAGGUACUCGCCAACAUGCUGACCCACAAGCAUCUGCAUCGAGAAAUCCGAGAAAAGGGAGGCGCUUACGGUGGAGGAGCCUCUUAUAACCCCACUGACGGCUUCUUCUCAUAUUAUUCAUACCGAGACCCCAACUUGGAACGAACCCUGCAGACCUGCCAGGAGGCUGGAGAGUGGUCUGUCAAGAAGGACUGGAGCUCUUCCGAUCUGCAGGAGGCCAAGCUGUCCCUUUUCCAGCGAAUCGAUGCCCCCAUCUCCGUCAAGUCAGAGGGAAUGGCUCUCUAUGCCAACGGACUUACCUACGAGCAGCGAGAGAAGCGACGACGGCAGCUGCUUGAUGUGGCUGUUGAUGACGUCAAGCGGGUUGCCAAGCAGUAUCUCGUCAACCCCUCCGGGUACUCAGUGGCCGCUCUCGGCCCCGGAUACGAAACCAUGGACAAAAAGAAGUGGACUGUGCUGGAGUAG